AUGAAAAGUUUGAGAUCUAUUGAUCCGCGGGGUAUGUACUACGGUAUCACUGUCGUCGUCUCAUUCCAUCCAUUGUUUAUUACAAAAGUAGAUCAAGCCUACCAUGUGAAAUGUUUCUUCGAAGAGGCAAACAAAGGAUUAACAGCCGAAUUGGGAGUUAGUAUGAUACCGACGACAGAGUUAGAAGCAAGACAUGGAAUACCUGGGUGCUCUUAUUCUAUUCAUUCAUCCACAAUUGAUGAAUUAGAUGCUGGAAGACCAGCAGGACAACCAAUUCAGUUUGCGAGAGUUGGAGAUCGAGUACUUCACCAAUGGCACUGCAAUGAUCAAAUGUACGGAGUGCUGAUAAACAAUUGCUAUGUGACUGACGGAUUCGGGAAGAAAUCAGAUGUAAUCGACGACAAAGGAUGUCCGAUUGAUCCGAUUCUCAUUACUGGAAUUCGUUAUUCAUCAGAUUUACAACGUGCCUAUGCCGAGUCUUCUGUAUUUAAAUUUGCUGACAAACCAGGCGUUUGGUUCUUCUGCCAGGUUCAAAUGUGUAUGAAAAAACAUGGAAUGUGUGAUGGGAUUACGCCACCAUCAUGUGGUUCAAUGUCGCGACUGAUAUCAGCUCCUGGCGGAGAUGAUAACGGAUUUGAAGAAGAAAAACCACAGAGGCAGACAAAGAAACCACCUGUUCAAGAUUAUGAUUAUGAAAAUGAGAAACCAGUAAAAACAACAAGAGCUCUUCCAAGAAAAACAACUCCUUCCAAUGAUUAUGAUUAUGACAAUGAGUCGCCGAAAUUGCACAGUCCAAAUUCUCAUUCGUAUAACAGUGUGACACCUCCAUUGGACUAUGAAACCGUAACUUUGACUGCAUUUUCUCCACCAAUCAAUCCGGCUACCGUAGGAACUGAGAGCGUUUCGAAGACCUUCGAAACAGAAGACGACUUGGCAUCUUCGGUGACGUCAGAACCGAAAAGCAAAAAAAUUGGAAAAAGCGAUUAUAAUGAUUAUGAUGAAGUAACAAUUCCACCGAAUCUUACGGAUUUGCUCGCCAAUCUUCCAGAUGACAUUAGCAGUGACAGUAUUCAGAAGAUGUUGAGAGAUUCUGUGGACAAUCCGAAAGCUCUUCUCGCCGAAUUCGGUAAACUGAUGAAGAGUAAGAAAAUGAAAUCAGAUUCGAAGAAAUAUCGAUCCCGAAAUUUACGAGAACUGAAGCCUGGAGACUUGAGAUCUGGAGAGAAAAUAGAUCAAAUCGAGGUGGAUUGGACAUCGACUCGUCGUCGUGACGUUCCAUCGAUUCCGGAAUUCGAUGGAAACACAAAAUAUGAUAAACCAAUGUUAGCUGGACAGCUGCUGAUAUUUGAUUUGGAUGAAGAACCACCAAGCGAUGUUGGAAUGCAAAAAGCUUCAAAGAGCGCUGCAUCCGCAUGUUCAAUUUCAAAGGAUGGUUUGUUGGCAGUGUUCGCUGGGUUCGGAGCUCUUUUGGCUGCUCUCAUUGCAAUUAUCGCAUUUCUAUCGCUUCGUCUCCGAAGUCAAUUGUCUCCAAUCGGUCAAACGACUCCAAUCUUCAAGCAGUUUCAGUGUGCUCAAAAACGUUUCUUUGAAUCUUCCUAA